AUCUCUAUGCAUCUAAAUUCUUAACCAAGAUGCCGGCUAUCUCAUGUGGUAUUCAAAAUUCGUUAAACACGUGUUAAAUAUUUAUCGAAAUAAUUCUCUGAUUUACAUUUAAAGAGUGAUUUUAUCGCACCGUGUUCUAUAAUUGUAAAAUUCCUCGGUGAUAAAUAGUGUACUGUUAUACUUAAUUAAAAGUAACUUGCGUCACUUAAAAUACUUAGAUCAGCACGCUACAUAAAUUCCAAUCAAUAAUGACUGAAGAAAAGGAAGUGGUAACCGAAAAUAACGGGCAAGAAAAUAACGAUAAAGAGAAUGAUACCGAGGAACUGACUGAUUUGGAGAGCGGAAUUAUUCGCCAAGUAGAGUAUUAUUUCGGUGACCUCAAUUUGCCAAGAGACAAGUUCUUGCGUGAACAGGUUAAGUUGGAUGAUGGAUGGGUGCCCCUGGAGGUUCUUACCAGGUUCAACCGUCUUGCCAGACUGUCCACAGACAUUGAUAUCAUUGCCAAUGCGAUCAAUAAGUCAACUACUGGGCUACUAGAGGUCUCUGAUGAUAACAAGAAAGUGCGUAGGAACCCUGAAAUGGCAAUACCAGAAAUGAAUGAGGAAAGGCGCAAAGAACUCACAUCUAGGACAGUUUAUGCCAAAGGUUUCCCUAAAGAUGCUGCCCUUGAUGACAUACUCAAAUACUUCAAACAAUUUGAAGAAGUAGAGAAUAUAAUCAUGAGAAGGUAUCUUGAUAAGCAAACUAAAAAGAGACUUUUUAAAGGAUCCAUUUUUGCUACGUUUAAGACCAAAGAACAGGCAGAAAAAUUCCUAGGCACAAAAGAUUUGAAAUACAAUGAUGCAGAUCUUCUGAUACUUUGGCAAGAUAACUAUAUGCAACAGAAACAGGAGGAAUAUGCGGUUAAGAAAGACAAGAAGGACAAAAAACAUAAGGAAAAAGAGAAAAAAGAAAAGAAGGAUGACUUCAAGUUGCCAACAGGCACAGUGCUACACUUCAACCAAGGACAUGACAAGAUGACUCGGGAAGAUGUCAAAGAAGCUCUCACACCUUUAGGGGCUGACAUCGCUUACAUUGAUUUCAAAGUGGGCGAGUCUGAAGGUUGGGUGCGCCUGGCUAAAGAGAACAGCGCAAAGGAGAUAGGGGAAAAAAUCAUAGAUGGUAAAAUCAAAAUUGGCGAAUCCGAAGUAGUUUUCAGAAUUUUGGAAGCUGAAGAGGAAACAACAUACCUAGAGAAGACUGUCGAGGAAAUGGCAAAGAGACGCAAGAAUCAGAAACAGUUUAAACACAAUAACAAAGGAAAGAACUUUAAAGGAAAACAAAGUAGAAAAAGAAAGCAGGAUCAGUCUGACGAUGCUCCACCAGCGAAAGUAAAGGCUGACAAUAGUUAGUGUAACUUUAGUCUUCUAAGAAAGGUUGUCAACUCCUGACACUAGUAUGCAAAAUAUACCAUUAAACAUGGUAACUAUACUUUUUUGUUUAACUUUUAAGAAGGUAUGAGGCACCUGCGUAUUUUAUCCUAUCAUAGUACAGAAAACAAAACUGCUCGUCACAGUAAAUAACCAAUUGUAUUGAUUAUUUUCUUGUACCAGACCUAAUAUAUAAUAUAGUAUAAUUACUCAAUAAAAUCUAGGGACACAUGAAGAUUUUUUUUGUUCUGACCUAAUGUACGAUUUUAGUCUUAUAUGAUUAUUUGAAAAUCAUUAUAUGAUUUUUGCAUAUCUAUUAUAGAUGCUUGUAGUAUCCAAUUAUCCUCUCCCGUGCAAACGUUUUUUGUGGUUGUCUGUUUUUCUGCAAAUUAUAAAUCUUGCAGGGAUAAACCGCUUGACGGUUGAGCUAACGCCGCCACAUUAAAAAUAGUACCGAAAAAUAGUUUUUUGGUAGAUUUUUUACUAUUAGUAAAUCACUCAUUUACAAAACAGAGAAUUGUUCCAGCUUAUUUGUGACUUGUAUUUUUUGUAUACCACAUUGAAGGCAAUCUUUUUAAACCUGUUUUAGUAGCAUAUUAUUAUUAUUAUAUUGUGAUGUUUAGCAAGAAUUUUAUUGCGGUUCCAUGUGUCAGGAGCUUUUAAUCUUUUUCCUUUUUCGUACUGUGUAUAAGCGUACAAAAAUAAAUAGGACUUAGUCCUUCAAAGUUAUUAAUGUAAGCCACACUUCCUAACUUGUUGAUAACUUGUGACUUUGGUACAGCAAUAAUUUAGUGUACAACUUAAUAAGAAGAAUUGUAUGUUGUUAAAUCAGCUAGACAUUGUUGCUUUUGGUAUAAUCGUAAGAUAAAUAAUUAAAAGUUUUAUUUUACAA